UCUAACUCCGGGUUUGGUUUUGGUUGUCCAACCCUCGGAAACGCCGAGUUAGGCGCUUCAUACAUGUAAACAUAUGUGGAAGUUGAUCUUACGAGGCGGUACGGACGUAGUUUUCCGUGUAAAAUCGGUACCGAGAUAAUGUUGAUCUAAAGCGUCUAUGGUUGGACUAUGGAUAACAAAGCUAAUGAAGGCAGGGACCAGCCAUUCUUUGUUGAGGAGUCCAGUGGUUCAGAAGAAGAUGUGAAGAUCAAGUUCAGUCACCAGAAACAUCACAGGAGCUGUAAACAAGCUGUACGGUUCAGCAGGGACAGUUCUCCUCCGCUCCUGCUGGCUUUCAACAUCACCCCCGGCAGACCCAGUCCUGUUUCCAGAGUGGACUUUAAGGAGGAGGAGGAAGAAGAGGCAGAGGACAGUGACCAGCCCAUCGAAGAGUGGAUGAUACUUGGAGGAGAGGAGCAAGUCGGAGACUCAACCAUCCAGCUCAAUCUGAGUUACUGGAACAGAUCUGAGGAUGGCUCAGAAGAUGAAGAUCUGGUGAAGUCAAAGAAUGAUAUCUGGGCUGUAUCAGAGAAAGACAAGGAUGGUGCCCAAAAGUCUCUGCCCAUCCGCUAUUGGUUGCCUGGUAAUUCUCAGAUCUGUAACAUCUGCAAUAGGACGGGACAUCUUGCCAAAAGCUGCUAUUACAGCAAGAAAUGUCCCACAUGCAUCCUUUGUGGGAUCAAGGGCCACAUCCAGCGGGACUGUCCGGGCCGCCCCUGCUCCAGUUGUGGACUGCCUUCACAUUCCUCCAGGCCCUGUGAAAGACCCCCAGUGUGGAACCAGCACUGCCAGCGCUGUGGGGUGGCAGGGCACCUCUCUGAUGCCUGCCCGGAUUUAUGGAGACAGUAUCAUUUGACUAUUCGGUUAGAGGUUCCACUGAGGCCAUCAACAGUCCACACCAACCAAAUUAAGCACUGCCUAGCUUAUUGCUACAACUGCUCAAAGCGAGGGCAUUACGGUUAUGAAUGCACUAAGAGGAGGAUGAUCAGCGGGACGUUCCCCUCACUUCCCUACGUUUGUCAUUAUGACAGAAUAGACAACAUCCUCAACCAUCAUACCAGGGACCAUAAAGGAGCCAAAGGAAGAAGUGGAUCACUGCUCCUCUCAAACCAGAAGUCUGAACCAACACAGGAGAGUGGUGUGGAGAAUCAUUCAGUCAAAGAAAGGAGCAGGACAAAGCAGGAGACAUGUAGCCAGGCUGCAAGAAAGAAAACGUGGCCAGAGAGGCGCAGAGAGAGACGGGAGGUGAAGAAGCUGAGGAGAGAGGCUCAGGCCAGGCGAGAGGGGGGACUAUUUGGGAGAUCCCAGAGAAAAUUUGAUGAAGACGUUUUCCCUUUAGACCCACUCAGGACUUCUUCUCUUGGUCAUAUGAAGACCCCGCUUCCUCCUCAAAAGAAGAAGAAGGAUGAGACAGGUGGCAGAAGGAGCAGGAAGGGCAAAGAGGCCGAGAGAUGGAAGAAGAGGGGAGGGUUAAAACAUGGGGAUUUAUGUCCACAUGGUGACAUAGACAUCAGUAGUGAAAACCUUCUUUCUCCAAAACAAAGACUACGUCACAGAAGAAGAUGAAAUGUAAAGAUUUUUGUGUAUUUCACCCUUUUUUUUUAAAGGGGGAAACAAAUGUCACUGGAUAAAAUAAAUAUUUUUGUAUGUGUCUUUGAUUUAUGCAUUAAUGUAUGUAUUAUCACAACAAAGAAAAAUAGUAGUUACUUUUGUAGUGCUGGUAUCAAUUUGCUUGUGUAUUUAUAUUUAGCUCACUCUUUGCUGUUUUCUAGUUUUCACAUUCAAGUGUCUUCAAAUGUGUCUACAUGCUCAACCCCCUGUGUGGUGUUGGGGGUAGUGGUUUGUUCCUCCUAAAUAUAAUGCUUGUUUUGCAAUUAA